CACUUCCGGUGUAGAGUUGAACAGGUUUCUCUUCUUUUCCUUUAACGUUUUUAACCAUAGAAAAACAACAGCCUAGAGCGACACGGAAAGCUGAAAAUAACAAACCACAAAUCUUGAGAGUGGGUGUAUUGUGGGAAAAAUUCAAGAUGGUGGAACCUGUUUAGUUGUUAGCGUGUGGCUCCUUGUGGGCGAGAGAUACUGCGGGCUCGAUGGCAUCAUGGUUGUUCGUGACGGUGACACGCGGCUUGUUAGGACGCAGCUUCUUCUCUCCCCAGGCUUGUAGGCUGGCCAGUACCGGUAAUCCAUACCCCUUCCGUGUGAGGGAGCCUCACAAACCCAAACCAGUUGAUCGAUGGACAGAAAAAAGAGCACUGUUUGGGGUCUAUGACAACAUUGGAAUUUUGGGAAACUUCCAGUGCCACCCCAAGGACCUGAUCAGAGGCCCCCAAUGGUUACGUGGCUGGCGGGGCAAUGAACUGCAAAGAUGCAUUCGCAAGAAGAAAAUGGUGGGUGACCGGAUGUUCGAUGACGAUUACAAGAACCUGAACAAGAGGAUAAGAUUUUUGUAUAGACGCUUCAACCGUACCGGGAAGCACCGCUAAGAAUGUCCUGCGAGGAAUAAGGGAUUUGUGAAAGUAUUACAAUUAAACUAACCUUUUAAUUUCCUGA